AUGGAUAGCUCAAUGCAAGUAGACUUAGAGUUGCGGCUGAAGAGAGAAGAGCCAGCAGAAGAACCAGAGCCAACAGACUUGGCAUUAACACCAGAGCCGCCGGAUUCAUCAGAGCCAUCAGGAUCAGCAAACACGUCCGAGCCAGCAGAGCCAGCAGAAUUAUCGGCAUUAGAAGCCGCGAAGGCCGACAGAGCUGCAAGGAACGCGAAAUACAGACAGGAUAUUGCAGACAACAACAAGAUACUCGCCGAACUCGCCGAGAAAAUCUCCAAGAUGAAACGGUCACCUUCGCCGCCAGCUACUCGUCCGCUCAGGAAGAAACGGUCACACAGCGAGCUCCUAUGCGAGUUGAUUCUAUCACAGAUGAAGAGAGGCAAAUGGAAACCAGAGGACAUAAACGAGCUGCUUCUCGGUCCCACAGAGGAAGACGGUGAUGGUGACAGCAGCAGUAGCAGUAGCAGCGACAGCAGCAGCAGUAAACUUAAGGGCAAAUUCGACAUUGGCGAGCUCUUAGGACAACUCAAAGGCCAACUCAAAGGCCAACUCAAAGGCCAACUCAAAGGUCAAAUGGAAGGCAAAGGAAAAGACAAAGGCAAAGACAAAGGCAAAGACAAAGGCAAAGAAAAAGAAGAAGGGAAAGGCAAAGGCAAAGAGAAAGAAAAAGACGAAGAGAAAGGCACAGGCAAAGAAGAAGAUGAAGGGGAAAGCAGUGAAGAAGAUGAUGAAGAAGAAGGAGAAGUCAAAGACGAAGAAAAAGAUGUUACCGAAAUCAUUUGCCCCGGCGGCGACAUGUUCUUGGGGAUUGAGGGCUCCAACACGAUAUUCCAAGUCUAUUCGCAGACCCUCAUGUGCGCAUCGGCAUCUUUAGAAGAGCUGGUCGAGGAUCUCAUGUGCGAGCCUGGUGACGAAGAGAAGAUCCUCGUGCUCGACCCGGAGAACAUCGAAAUCGUCCGCAUCAUCUGCCACAUCAUCCACCUCCAGAACCAUUUGGUGCCGCGGGGAUUCAGGCCAUCCAUGCUUCUCGACACGGCGAUUCUGGUGAACAAAUACGGCCUGCAAAAGGCCGUCACGAUGGCAGCGCGGCAGUGGCUUCUCAACGGCAGAGACUUUCGGGAGUACUUGUCUGAUCCCCCGAUGGCAUCGGGGUGCUACAUGGUAGCGGCGGCCUUGUUUUGGGACGAAUCCAUGUUUAUGAAGUGCAUGUGGGAGUUGGUCUCCAUUUGUACUGUGCCAUUUGUGAGACUCUGGGCAUGGCCCCCUCUGAAGCAAGAAUUGUCCCAGAAAGCACUCAAACUUCUCACGAAGAUAAGGGACAGGGCACGAGCCAGGGUUUACCAGAUACUCCUCGCCGAGACGGGCCUGCUCUGCUACGCCGGAUGGAACAGGCUUCUUCAGGAUCGAUACGAAAGCCUCCUCGCUCGGUACAAGCCAGCGUCGAUGGCUGCCCUCCCCAUUGCGCAAGUGAUUAUUGAGGUGAAGAGGGCCUUGUUCCGAGAGUUGGGAGGGCCUAGCUCGCCGAUGGACUGCUUGUAG